UUUGAAUCAUAUGUUCCGAUUGUCGUGCGCAAAUUGUAGGUUACAAAACAGUAGGAACUGUUGAAAUCAUUCUUGCAGAAGAAAUAAGGAUUUACCCCAAAAGUACAUUUCCAAGAUGCAAAAGAAACGUAUUGGUGGACGUGGUUUGCUCGACAAACUCCACCGUGGUGCCGUCUAUGCAUGUAUCGGUGUUACACUAUACGGGACCUUUUUACUUGGCAUGAGAGGCUGGCGAUACUAUACCGUUGUCCGGCCAGAGAGACAAAAGCAACUACUGGAAGAGGGAGCAUCAACUCGGAGUGAUCAACAGGAUACAGCAAAGGAGUUGAAAUAUUAAAGAUAAUUUAUUUUUUGGUUGUUUCUUAAUCUAUAAACAAUAAUAUAAUUUAUGAUUACUUUAAUAUAAAGUACAGUAAAAUUAACUAAA